AUGGUCGAGAAGCGCCCCGCCGCCGAGGGCGCUGCCGGCGAUGCUAAGCGCUCCAAGGGCUCAGAAGCCAUCGCAGCCGCAAAGGCAAAGGCCGCUGAGAUCGCUGCGCGCUUUGCUGCGAACAAGGCCGGCGCAUCAGCAACACCGGCACCCGCGCCCGCUGCAGCUGCAAGCGACUCCCAGGCCAAGCUUGAGGCCCUCAAGGCGCGCAUGGCCGCCAUGAGAGGGGCCAGCACGGCCGCCGCGAAGCCCACCACGCCCACGCCCACGCCCGCGCCCGCGUCCGAGCCCACAGGUCCCCGCUUCGCAACCACGCUGGGCAACCGCCGCGCAGAGACACCGGCCGUCGAUGCAGGCCCCAAGGCCGCCGCGCCCAGGCAGAAGCAGCAGCACCACGACGACCUCGAGAACCCCUACUUCGACCCCAGGGCCGCCAGCCUGCCCGGCGUGCGCACAAGAAUCUCGCGCGGCCUGCAGUUCAACGAGCACGGCAAGUACCUCGACCAGGCCUCCAAGCUGCGCGCCCAGGCCCGGCUGGAGCAGAUCAAGAAGAUGCUCGCCAAACAGGCCCGUCGCGCCGGUCUCGACGAGAACAGCGAGCGCGGCUUCCUCGUGCAGCCGCCCCCAGACAUCGAGUGGUGGGACGAGGGCAUCCUCAAGGACAAGACGUACGACUGCAUCCACGACCCCGCCAAGGUCAUGGUGGACACGGACGACUCCAUCAUCACGCUCUACGUCCAGCACCCCCCGCUGCUCAAGGCACCGCAAGACCAGCGCCUCGUCGAGCUCAAGCCCAUGUACCUCACAGCCAAGGAACAGGCCAAACUGCGCCGAAUGCGCCGUGCCGCCGACCUCAAGGAGCACCAAGCCAAGAUCCGUCUUGGCCUGGAACCGCCCCCGCCGCCCAAGGUCAAGCGCGGAAACAUGAUGCGCGUCAUGGGCGAGCAAGCCAUUGCCGACCCCACCGCUGUCGAGAUGCUCGUCGAGACCCAGAUCGCACAGCGCCAGCACGACCACGAGCAAGCAAACGAAGAGCGCAAACUCGACGACGACCAGCGGCACGCGAAACUGCAGACCAACCAGGAAAAGGAUGCCCAAAGGGGUCUCUACCUGUGCGUCUUCAAGGUCAACACGCUCGCCUAUGGCAAGCACCGAUACCAGAUUGACCUCAACGCAAAACAACACGCCCUCACAGGCCUCACCCUCUUCAACCCAGAACUCAACCUCGUCAUCGUCGAAGGCGGCCUGCACUCGAUCGACAAGUACAAGAAGCUGAUGCUGCAGCGCAUCAAAUGGUCCGACAACGCCGAGCCCACAGAGAUCCAGAUGGAGAAACAAGCCAACGACCCGCAGUGGAUGAAGAGCCUCGACGCCAGCGGCAACCUCAAGGACCACUCGCAGAACAAGUGUGUCCUGCUCUUCGAGGGCGAGGUCAAGAACCGCGCCUUCCGCAAGUGGGGGUCCAAGAUGUGCGAGACAGCCGGCGAGGCCCGCGAGGUCCUCAGCAGGAGCAAGCUCGACAGUCUGUGGGCCCUGGCCAAGAGCAUAGACUGA